AUGCCAUCAUCUACGAAUAACCUUACGUCUCCUGAAGUCAAGGCAAAACUCAGGCCCAAGCUGAAAGGAUACGGAGCUCGCAAUGAUGAGGAUGACACGGUCCGCCUCCUUGAGACUUGCUACAUGUUCUUGCCACCCGACGGACAGAAAAAUCUCUAUAACGAUAUUUGGGCUUGUCAAUCUAAUGACGAACUUCACGAACUAGCUGAGACCCUCGACAUUGGGCUCAUUCGGCCUCUCCUAGCCAACGCGAACCACACCCCUGAACUCAGCUCUUCUUAUUCUGCAGAGGAAGACACAAUCGACCUCGUUAGUCCAGACUACCGAAAAGUACUUGAACGACUGCGGAAAAAAUGCCUUCAGCGAGAUGGAAAUAAAUGCGUCAUUUCCGGCACUUACGACCAGAACUCGAACCCUCUAGACGAAGCUCUCACGGGUCCUCUAGAAGCCGCACACAUACUACCGUCCGUACUAGGAGGCCCCAAAGACGAGAGGAAGGCGUUGUCAGACGUCUGGGCAAACCUCUACCAAUACUUUCCUGCUCUGCGGUCUCGACUCAAGUUCACAUUGGAGGACAUCAACCGCGAGCAUAACGCGAUGAUGAUGUUAUUCCCGCUUGAUCGCGAAUUCAAGGCUUUCAGAUUGAUAUUAGAGGCCACGAGCACUCCAAACAGUUACCGAGUCAAAACGUUUCCGCACUUUGCUACGGCGUACAGAGGCUUUCUACCGGCAGAUCGAUUGGUCACUUUGACGAGUCAAAGCAAGCGGUGUCAGCCACCGAGCCCUAUUCUGUUGGCCGUGCAUGCUGCGAUCGGGAACAUCCUGCAUGCUUCUGGGCGCGGAAAGAUAAUUGCAAAUGUUAUGGAGGAGGCGAGGGAGGAUUGGGCGUGUAUGGCUGGGGACGGCAGUACAGAUGUAGGAGAGCUCCUCUCCGUUACCAGCUUGGCUCUCUUAACCUCAAGCGACCGGACCAAGCGUCACCAGAACGGACAAAGACGAGGGAAAAGACGCAGUUCGCCUCCGGAAGCAGACGUUGUCAGGAAGAAGAAGGGUGAUAUUCUUGGAGGAAACGAUGGAAUUUAG